UGCCAGGUGACUCAAAGAUGUCUAUGACAUUUCCUCUCCUGCUUGAGUUUGUGUUUGAUAUUGAGCUGGAAAGCAGAAAUGGGUCAGGAAGCAGGCAAGCCAGCCUGGCCCAAACCAGCAGGAGGCUAUCAGACAAUCACAGGAAAGAGAUACGGAAGAAGACAUGCUUACAUCAGUUUUCGUCCAACCUUGGCCAAAGAAGAAAAUGCAUCCAAAGAGAACAGCGUGGAGUGUGGAGGAAUGGAGAUGAACAGUGUGCACAAGGAGAAUGCUUUAUCAUCAACUGAGGCCAUCAGCUCAACAUUACACACUAUAUUCCCUGCAGCAAAUAAUUCAGUUGUGCCAGAAAUUAACAGAACAACAAUAUUCAAGGAAGGUUCUGGCAGGAAAAAUGCAGUGUCAAAGAAAGCUGCUGACGCUGCUGGUUGCUCGUCUCAAGUGUUGGAGGAUGAGCAAACUGGGUCCAAUAAUGCUGAGAAUGGUUCCAAACCAAAGAAAAAUUCAGAGGCCUGUGCUUUGCCAACCCUGGAAGAUAAUGAAACAUGUCCUAGAAGACCAGGUGGACUGGGUUUUGUAAAUAUUGACUCUUAUGAGCCAGAUAGCAAUGGUGGGAAGGAAGAUGACCUAUCUGUGGACUCAUCAAUAGGAAUGCGUCCUGGACUUCAGAAGCAAUUAGACAACAUGAUUUGUGAGUUAGAGAAGGAAUUUGACUAUCUCAGUGGUCUACACUCCUACUUGUACACAAAGUCAUGUGAGGAAGUUGAACUGGUGCCCAAAAAUGGGUGCUGUGGGACAGACCUUGAAGAAUCCAAUGAAAGCAAUAGAAUGUUUAAGGGGAGAUUGUGUAGGCUAACUGAGGACAGUUUGGAUAAAUGUAGCCUAUGUGAUGCGAAGCGAAAUGAGUUAGAUGGUGCUGAGGCAGCCAUCAUCCCAGUGAGUGAUCACAGCAUUCAGAUCUUUGAUGGGAACAGUGACCAUGGGUCAUUCUCUUCAGAGAUGGUGGUGAGACCAAAAGUAAGGAAGCAAAAUAGUGAAGGCAACCUAGAGCGAAGAAAGCGCUCUCAGUCAGAUGACUCAAAACAUGGGACCAGCAGACAAAAGAAACUUUCGGAUGGCCAAUGGAGUGUGAAUAGCCCCUUCUUAAUGACUCGCACAGAAAAACUGAGCAAGGAAUCCCGAUGUAAAGCUGCACAUACUGCAUCUGCCAGUAAAGGAGCAAAGCAAGCUGAAGGAAAAAAGAAAGCAACAGAGUUGCUAAGUUGUAAUCUUGACGAAGAGGAUGACCUCUGGGAAGAUUUUGAAGAACUCAAAAAGAGUUGUGCAUCCUUAGGCAAGGAUGAUGAUAGUUCUGAAUGCAGUGAAGGAGAAUGGUCUCCUACCUGGACCUCUGAUUCUGCUGUGGACAAGGAGCAGUCCUCCAAUGAUGAAAGCUGGGAGACACUGCCUGGAUUGGAUGAACCAGAACAUGAGAUUCGGAGCAGCAGCAGUAGCAGCUUGGAUGAUGUUCCAGAGCUCAACUUUCAUUCUGAAGAGCAAGCAUCCUUAGAAGAGGGAGAAAUCCCUUGGCUUCCCUACCAAGAGGAAAUGGAUAGCAGCAGUGAUGACGAUACAGACGGAAUGAGUCAGUUUCUUCACCCGGGUCUUUUUAUGUUAGAUGGGAACAACAACUUUGAAGAUGAUUCAAGUAUGAGCGAAGAUUUUGAUGCUGAGUGGAGAUUACUAGAUGAAUUUGGUGAAGGUUUUGGAGUGGCUCAAGCUUUUUCCUAUGUGGACCCACAGAUGCUUACUUAUAUGGCUCUUGAAGAGCGGUUAGCUCAGGCUAUGGAGGCUGCCCUGGCUCAUCUUGAGUCUUUGGCUAUUGAUGUUGAACAAGCUCACCCCCCAGCCACUGAAGAAGUCAUUGAUUGUCUGCCACAGAUUACAGUCCUGGAAGAUCACCACGGCCAGGAACAGUGUUGCGCCAUCUGCUGCUGUGAAUAUAUGAAAGAUGAAAUAGCAACAGAACUUCCCUGUCGUCAUGUAUUUCAUAAAUCCUGUGUGACCCGAUGGUUACAAAAGGCAGGAACAUGUCCGGUGUGCCGCCAUGUCCUGUCCCCUGCUCUCCCUGACUCCGCUGUGGCUACAACCUUUGUGUUGGAUCACGACACUCCUCCAUCCACCCACAGCGCGGCAGGAACACGGUGAAGAACAAAAAACAAAGUUAGAUUU